GGUCCAACGCGGCAGCGGACGGUACGGCGACGACAAAUCUGCCGUGCUUCCUUGCUCCUCCUCCCCGGAGUAAAAAUCCGGAAACCACCCGAGGCGAGGAGCCGCACAGCCCAAUCCCCCACCCUCCAGGCUCCAGCCGAGGCGAGGCCUCCGUCCAGCGAUCCCAUGGCGUCGGCGCCCGCCGCCCCCGCCAACUCCUCCGCCUCGUACCGGUGCGCGGCGUGCGGCGCGGACCUGAACCUGUCGGCGGCGCACCUGUACCCGGCGGGCGUCUUCUUCGAGGCCGGGAACAAGGGCACGCUGUCCUUCGCGUGGGUGGACGAGUCGCGCCUCCGGUUCGCGGCCGAGGACCGGAUCCGCCCCUUCUUCGAGACCCGCAACUACUGGGGCAUCCACCGCAAGCGCACGCGCAUCAGCUGCGACGCCUGCGGCCGCCUCCUCGGCCACGUCUACGACGACGGCCCGCCGAUCAUGCAGGGCCACGGCCAGUUCGGGAUGGGGCCCAGCCAGGUCAUCCCGCGCCGCCCCAGGUACCGGAUCAAGACCAAGGCCGUCGCCGCCGCUGCCGCCGCCGCCGCCGCGUAUGGCAAGUGAAGCGAGCCUGCUGCCGCGUAUGGCUUCGAUUCUGGUCGCCGUGCCGUAUCGUGGUGCGAUUUUAUUCUUCCUGUAAAUUAGUACUAGUAGCAUCCUGUAGAUUGAUGGUGGUUUCACCUUUGGUUUGGUUGCAAUAAAUUUCGCCACUGUAUUCCUUUGAGGUACACAUGCAAAUGGAUUCUCAAAUUUGAUGCGCU